AGCAAGUAGUUUAAGUGAGGUGAAACUUGGGGGUACACAAGACACAUCAGACUCCUGAAAGGGGUACAGUAGUCUGGGAAGUUUGAGAGCCAUUGCCGUUGGUGACAGGGAAGGCUUCUGAUGAGUCUCCAUAACCCUGCCCAUUAUGCCAUCAUGAAGUGAGCAGAUGACAGCAAUCCUCUUCUCUGGGCAGCCAAAAUUAUGGAGGAGUUUCCACAGGCCCUUGUGAUUCACUGUGCCGAAGGCCUUGGUCAGGCCAGCAAACACCAUGUACAGGUCCUUGUUCUGUUCACCAGCCUUCUCUGCAAAACUCAUGUCCAUGGUGCCAUGGCCAGGACGAAAGCCACACUGUGACUCUGGAUACACCGAGUCCACUAAGUGAGAGAUGAGCUUGCUGAGGACUACAAGGAUCUUCCCCACUAUAGACAGUUGUGUGAUUCCACGAUGGUUCUCACUGCAAGGUAUGCUUCCCUUCCUCUUGUAUAGAUGGACUACGAAGGCAUCUUUAUACUCCUGGGGCACAGUGUCCUGUUCCUAUAUAGUCUUGAAAAAGCUGGUGAGUUUUCUGACCAGGUGAACACCUCCACAUUUGUAUACAUUAAGUGGAAUGCAACCAGGGGUGGAGACUUGCCCCUGAACAGCUGCUUGAUGGCCUUAGUAACUUUGUCUAAAGAAAGAUCCACGGCUAGCCCCUCCAGGACAGGACACUGCGGGCGUGAGUCAAUGGCUCCAUUGGACAUAGUGGAUUGACAGUUCAGAAGACUAUCAGAGUACUCUGCCCAGCUUUUGUCUGUGAGGAGCCAGUUACCAUCUGCUGUGAGGACACGAUAUCAGAAUAUCGUCCAUGGAAAUGACAACUCCAUUUGCAUUAGUUAGCAAUUCUGCCAUUGUUUUUUGGAAAAUUUCAGGUGCACUGGCAAUUCCAAAAGGUGAUCUUUCAAAGCAAAAUCUCCCAAAGGGUCUGAUAAAUGUAGUCAGUUUAGCACUUUCUUUGGCUAACGGAAUUUGCCAGAAUCCACUCAAGGCAUCCAGCUUGGAGAAUACUGUAGCUCCUUUCACUUUGGGGAGGAAGUCAGCCAGUGGUGGAAGGGUAGAUUUUUGUCUCACAGCUAAUUCAUUAAGACUGUUAAGAUCCAUACAGAUUUGUAUUUUUCUAUUUUUCUUUAUUUCUGGUACCAUUGGGGCACACCAUGCAGUUGGCUUAAUUAUGCCAAGCCGCUCCAUUCUCUUUAACUCAGUUUCCACUUUAUGAAGUAAUGGGCUAGGAAUCCUGCACGGUGUAGAUGCACUGUAUGGUUCAGCAUUGGCUGUUAAGGUCAUUUGCACUGGAUCUUCUUUCAGAAGUCCAAUAUCACCAAAUAUUCCAUGGAGUUCAUCCACCUUUCUCACUAGGCCCAUCAUGGCUGCUCCGCUGUGGCCGGGAAGGCUGUUGGUCUGUGUCCUUGGAUCACAUACACUCUGAACACAAAGCUCUUGUCUUUGUAAGUUGUUCUGUGGUGAGCUGGCCCAUGCAGCUCAGAAUCCCUCCAGGGCUAGCCUGAGCUGUGACAGGUAAAUUCAGCUCUGGGAGAGGUUGAAGGCAAUUGCUGAGACGAUUGUGAUGUCAGCUCUGAGUCAAUUUUAAAGUCAAUAGUCUCGCCAACGGAAUAGUCCGUUUCACUCUCCAGGUACAUUCUGUGUCAUCACAAGUGAUAGAUCCCAGAACAACAGCUCAUCUUGAUUGUCUGUAAUAUGAGUCAACUCCCUGUGGUGGCAAACAGCCACAAAAUGUCCAUAUUUCAUGCACAUAUUACACCAUGCGCCUCUGGCUGGACAUGAAUCAUCUCUUGGGAUACGACUUUUUCCACACCUUGGGCACUAGGCUGGAAUUUGUCCCUCUUAGCCUGGGAGUUCUUUCUCCUGGCCGCAGGGUUUUAUGAUAACAUGCAAGUGUCUGUCUGCAGCUUCUAAUCUAGGUUCAGGUUUUUCAAGUUGCUCCUGCCAUUUGGCCUGUUGUUUGGCUAAUUCUGACUGCUUCACUCUCUGCAUAGCUGUGGCUGGGGUUAAAUCUCUUCAGCUGUAGCUGCUGUGAAAGGCUUUUAUCUGUUAACCCAAUAACCAGCCUGACUCUGAUAUUUUCCUGUUUUGGAUUCCCCAUAUCUCAGGUUUCAGCCAGUGUAUCCAGAGCUCUUAUAAAACAGUCAACAUUUUCCCCUGGUUUUUGAAUUCUCUGGUGAAAACAUGCUUUUUCAUAAACUACAUUUCUCUGAGGUAGAAAAUAUGCAUCAAACAUAGCCAAAACCUGUUCAUAGUCAUCUUUGUGACUAUCUUCAGUAAAGUCAAUAGAUUUAAAGAUAUUCUCAACCUGUUUCCCCAUAGCAUAAAUUAGAGACGAUACCUGAAUAUCUCCAGUUUCUUUGUGGAGUUUUUUUAGCAGUUCAAAAUCUUGCAAAUUACUGCUUCCAGUCUGUCUAUCGGGAAGGUUUGUCAAAGCCUUAGUUCUCGGGGGCAUUGAAGAGUGGCCUUAGGUCUCCUCCCUGCCACCCCUUCUCCCUGACUGGAAGUUCGGGCAGCAGCAGCCAUGACUGGUGCAGGUUGUUGUGGACAACAGGUUCCAAAGAGCACCAGCUCCUCGUGCCCGGUGCCCCCAGAUGGAGCAUGGCCAGAGUCACGGCAGUGAAAUCUCUGGCCGAGUCCCAGUGCCAAGAACACCGCCUGAGAUUUACGGCCUGCCAGUCCCCUGCACUCAGCUGGCCCAGCCCCCAGCAGCCCUGGGAUUAUCCCCCCAGACAGACUUCAUCCUGGGAACCACUGUGACCUUGGGGGGGCUGUUACCUCUCUGCGGGGCUUUGCUGUGCGGGGGUGUGCCUAGCAAGCUGACGUGCUGCCCUGUGGCUGGGGGCGGUGUCUCAGGGUAUUGCCUCUCUGUAGCCCCUGCAACCGGCUGUCCCAUCCGCCCAUAAUCUCCAGCCAGGGCACAGUUACAUUCAGCCCUUUUGGAUGAACCAGAGCUUAACUCAACAGUGCCAUGACAUUGCCCCAGGUCCAGCCCCUUAGUCCUUCUGGCCCCUGUGUGUGGGGCCUCCAUACAGCCCCCUUGGUGAGCCUGUAGGGACCCAGUCCCUGCCUCCACCCUGGAUCCAGCCCAGGGACCCUGCAGCAAGUGGGUUUUCUGCCUCAUCAGCCCUCUUUCUUCUUCCCUCAGCUACUUCCUGAACCAGCCCAGCUUGGGUGCAGGGGCUCGCCUUGUCUGCAUCCUGCCCUGGGGCCAGGCUCGUGGUCUCAGCCGCUGCCACAGCCUGGGGUGCUGGAACCGUUUUUAGAGUGGGGGUGCUGAGAGACUUUAAACCAAACUGUUAAUGAUGGAACCCAUUUCAAGCCGGGGGGUGCGGCAGCAAAGCCUGAAAACCAGACUAACCGCAGUAGAGCCCAGCACCAGGCCUCCUGUCCCACCAUCGUACUGCACCCGCUGGGUGCAGGAGCCUGACAGCAGCUGGGCUCCCCUCUGGGAGCUGAGGGGUAGAGGCCUGAUGCCCUCCCAGGGCUGGGGUCCUCUGAGCUGGGCUUCUCCCUGGUAAGCAUCUCCUCCAAACCUGGCAUCAGUCACAGGUGUGCAGGGCAGGGCUGCCCCAUCCCAUGGCUGCUCUUUAACCCCUUCCUGCCUGCUGUGGGGUUUGUGCAUCCUGGCCCUUGGGGUCAGAGGAGCAACCCUGGAAGGCGGUAUCUGUGUGUCCCCAGAGCAGGCCGCGGCCGUGCGAGCUGGCGCACGUUGUUAGCGCAGCUGGGCGCUGGGCGGGGACGAGCCGGCUCCCCCGAGGGCCGUUUCCAUGCUUUGCCGUCUCCCAAGGCAGGGACAGAGGCACUGGGAUGCAGGGGCUGCACAUCCUGCUGGGGCUCGGGUGGCAACUCUCUCUCUCUCCCCCACCUCAGUGAACCUGGUGGAUUUUUGUGGCCUGACCAUCAGAGACGACGGGCUGAUUAUCAAUUCGCACAGGGACUCCCGGCGCUACUACUUCGUGGCCACGGGGACAGACUGCUCCCUCACCAUGCAGGCCGCGUCGCCCAAAGACAAAGUCCAGUUUCAGUUCCGAUUCUUCUUGGUGUACAGCUUGCUGCGCCUGGCCCCCAGCGGCAGGCCCCCCCCCAAUGCCACCGGAGCGCCUCUGCCCCCAGAGACCGCCCGGCCCAGCCAAAGGGGGCCUGGACAGACCUCAUCUGGUGGAGACUGGGAGCUUCAGGAUCCCUGCAAUGCUGGAUCGUAUGUGCAGUUCUAUGAUGGCAGAGGUCGUGCUGCCGAGCCCCUGGGGGUCCCGCUGUGUGGGAAGAGCAUCCCCAGGCCCAUCCUGUCCACCGGGAACUACCUGACCCUGCGCUUGGUGACACGGGGGCAGCAGCCCCGGGUGGAUUUCGUCGGCGAUUUUACAUCCUUCCGCCUGGGCUUCAGCAUCUCCGAGUGCAGCGAGGAGCCAUACUUCCAGUGCCGGAACAGCAAGUGCAUCCCCAGGAGCCUGGUGUGUGACCGGAUGGGCAUCGAUAACUGCGGGGACGGCUCGGACCAGGCGGCCCAUCCCCCUGCCAAGUGCAGAGGCCACCUCCCCACAUCAGCAUCUCUCCAGCUGGUGAGCAGCCCUGCAGCCAGCGUCACCCCCUGCAUGGCGGCUUGUGCCGGGGCAGAGAAGAGCCAGCCCUUGGCCCCAGACACUGCGCCCCUGGACAAGCCUGCAGCAGGUGAGAGGAGCUCGGGCUCCCUGCUGCCCCUCUACAUCCUCCUGGGGCUGGGCGUGGGCUCAGCCCUCCUGCUCUGGUGCUGCUGGUCCCCUGGCUGGUUUGUCUGGAGACUCGGUGCCUGCCGGUUCCUGCCUGGCUGCAACUCCGUGUGGGCCUCGUGCCAGCUCUGCCCCCGCAGCUGUGCCCACAGGAACCAUGGCUGUUCCGGCAAAGUGACGCCGCAGCCCAGCGACGACCUGCCCCUCUGAUGCAGCCGUGCCGUCUUUGCCCGGGGGUGGGCACUGGGCCUCCCCCUGGCCGGAGGAGCAGGGAUCCGACCUUUCCUGCCCGUGCCCUCUGCUGGCUUGGGUCACGGCAGGACGGGCUGCGGAUACCAGCGGGGGUGGGUGGGGGGAGAUGAGAGGGGAUGGGGCAGCUCCCACUACCCGCUCUGCCCACUCCCAUAGGCACGGGCCAGGCCCCAUGUGCCUUCCCCCAGAGGCGGCAGCCUCCAAAACACAAGGGCCCAGAGGGCUGCUCGGGAGCCCGGGAGCUGCCCCAGCGAGCGCUGCGGGUGGCGGAGGGAGCGACGGAGUCACUGGCCUGGGUGGGGCUUGGCCCCCGGCCUUUGAGCACGGCGUGGCUGGGGGCAGGCCGCGCGCCCCCCAGAUCUGCUUGUGAGUGUUGUUGUGACGCCUGCCGCACCAACCGCAUUGUCCCACCCUGUGGGGUGCAGCUGGCGGAGGAUGUGAGCCCAGCACUAAUAAAACAAGCCCACCCUUUGCUUGG